AUGUCACUCACCCCGGCCCAUCAGAACGUGAUGAGCUCAGCUCUGCGCUUGACGCCCUCAAGCUCGUCCUUCCCCAAGAGCCCGGCCGUCAAGACGCCCAACAAGGCCGCCCGCUCGGAUCUCACCCUCUCCCUCCGCCAGGUCAUCGGUGCGACUUGCUGCUCCGGCAAUGCCUUUGACAGCUUACCCGCCGAGCGCACUUUUGCCUUUACCGCCGGCGCCGCGGCCGUAAUAGCUACCGUCGAUGACGACCACAACGUCGCACAACGUUUCUUUAGGGCCCGCCCGACGACGUCCGGUGUCAACACCACCUCGUCCGUCUACGGCUCCCCCGCCCCCGCCAGCGGAAGCACCCGUUCGCCGGCGUCGCUGCGCGAUGCCUCGCCGAAUGCUGACGACAGCGGCCGGAAUACGGCGCGGGAACGCAUCAAGGCCGCGACAUGCGUGUCCUUCAGCCCCGAUGGAAAAUACCUUGCCACCGGCUACAAGCCCCGCAUUUUACUCUUCUCCACCGCCAAGGAUGCUGCUCCUGACGUCCCCUUGACUACCAUGUCCGAGCACGCGUUUGGUGUACGAUGCGUUGCCUUUAGCCCCGACUCACAGUACCUUGCCAGUUUAGGCUCGGCGAAUGACGGCUACCUCUACAUCUGGAGCCUGAACUCCCGGACUGGGGCCGCCGCGCUCCACGCCAGCAACAAGUGCACAAACCAUGUCAACAAGAUGGUGUGGUUGGGCAACAGCCUGGUGGUGGUCGGCGUGAGACAUGUCAAAGUUUGGCGGACCGAUGAGGCUCACACGCAUACGCCAAGCAAGUCACGACAGAGCGAUGCUAACAACUUCUCUGGAGCGUCACACAACAGGACGUUGACGGGAAGGAACUGCCUCCUGGGCUCGCUCCUGGAAGCUAACUUUACCUACGUGACGGCAGUCGCCCCUACGACAGCAAUCAUCUCCACGGACAAGGGAGAUAUUUGCGUCUUGGACGACCAUGAACGUACCCAGCGUUUCCACAGGGCUGCCGUUGUCAACUUUGGCGUGUCGGCGAUGGCAGCUGGUGCGGACGGGCGCUUGCACAUUGCUGGGUUCAACGGCGAGACGGCGACGAUGGACAUCAAGAGGCUGCUUGAGAUGACUCCUCCGCCGUCCCCGACUUCCCGCGAAUCUUCGCCCUGCCCCUCGCCCACAAGCCCCACCUUCAAGGAGAGCACUACCCAUCUUAUCGCCAUGGCUCCCAUGAACGAUUACCUGGUCACGCUUGACUCGAAGCGUGCUAUUCGUCUGGUCAAGAUCGAGGGUGAUGACCAGAGUGCGCCUACCACUACUGUUAUCCAGCAACUGCCGGCCCAGGGCGAAGGCGUCCUGGGUGUACGUGCGCUUCAUCUUCAGAACUCUUUUGACGCUUCUUUUCUUACCUGGUCCGCUGGCGGAACAAUCAUGUUUUGGGAUCAAGACGGUUCUAACAAGGGCAACAUCAUCGUACCUCUUGAGCAGGCUGGCAACUUUGAUGAGCCCAACGAGCUUCGGGUGGUUCAAACAUCCCCUACCGCUAGUUUUAUAGUGGCAGGGGACAAGUAUGGUCUACUAAGGAUCAUCGACUGCGAGACCGGAGCAAACGUCUACAGCUUCAAGGCUCACUCGAGUGAGAUAACCGACAUUGCAGUCUUCGAGGGAAAUGUCACCAUGAUUGCGACCGCCGGAAGAGACCGUACGGUCCAAGUCUUCCAAAAGACGGACGAUGAGUGGGACCUUCUUCAAACUCUCGACGAGCACGUGGGCGCAGUCACCGGUGUCUUGUUCUCCAACGACGGCCAGCGCCUCCUAUCUUCGUCUGUGGACCGCACGGUUGUCGUGCGUGACUACAUGACGAGGGACGAGGAUGGCGUAGUCGUCACCGCCUUUGUCAUCCUUCGCACCGUCACUCUCAAGUCUACUCCUGCCUCGGCUGUCCUCGACAUUGACAGAGAAGAUUCUUUGAUCGUUUCUACUGUCGACCGGCAUGUUCACAAGUAUGACCUGCGCUCCGGCCAGCACAUGAGCAGCUUCAAGACUACGGAUUCUGACAGUGGUGACACCGUCGCUCUGUCUUCUCUGGUCCACAUCUCGACCGGCAAAGGACAAAACGCCAUCGCUGGAGUAUCGAGUACGGACAAGUCUGUACGCCUCUACGAGGAGAACGGCAACCUUCUCGGCCGUGACUGGGGCCAUACCGAGGGCGUCACCGACAUUGCGGCGCUGACCACUGGAGACGCGGAGCAGAAAUGUCUAGUCACUGUUGCGGCAGACGGCACUAUUUUCCUCUGGAACCUGGACUUUAGGCCACCUCAGCAGCGGAAUUACGAGGUUGCGAAGUCUUUGGAUCUGAUGGGAGUCUCUACGCCGAACAAGAAUCUGCUCUCGACCAAGCAGCCUUUGCGUCGCGUCAUGUCCCAGUCCGAACUCGCCAAGUUCCAGAGGGCUGGUGAGGAAGAUGGCACGCACACUCCGACGGGCAGCCGGUCCCCGAAGCUCAAGAAGAAGGGAUCCAAGAUUUCGCUGCACGGAGCGCCGAGAUUGGAGCCCUCUCCGAUUCACAGAUCCAAGGAGCAUCACUUGAGAGGACAGCACAGCAACAGGUCUUUGAGGAACAGCAAGACGGGCCGGUCGCCGUCGCCUCAAAGCCCCAAGAGCCCAAAGAGCCCAAAGAGCCCGAAGAGUCCGAAGGCGGCGACCGCGCGGAGGUCGUCGUUCGAGUCGCGCCUCGAGUCGCGCCUUGACACGCGACCGAGAGACAGGAGCUUCGGGAGCAGCUCCAAGGAAAACAGCACCCUUAGCCACUCCACGGAGCAGCUCUGCCGCACGCUUCGCUCGUACAGGAAGAGGCUCCAAAACUCGUCGGACAGCAUUGGGGGCGAAGCGGCGAAGGAACUUGAGCGGGAGCUGAACCUGACCGCUCAGGUGGUGGGCGAGAAGGCGAAGAGCAAAGUCGUCGACGAGUCUGUCAUGGUGCGACUCUUGGACCAAUACUCGGAACGCCUGGUGGAGAUGCUGGACCAGAAGAUCACUCUGAGCGUUGCGCAGCACAUGCGCAAGUUCAGCGACAGCGCGGUGUCGGCCGACUCGGCCUCGGUGCCGAAGGUGGUCGAGGAGAGCGACAAGGCCAGCGUUGACGACGACGAUGUGGAGUAA